AUGCUUCCUCAGUUUGGAUACAUCGUAGCUCAAGCAGGUGCUGAUGCCCAUGUCCCACCAGUCCCACCAUCGGGAUUGCCUCCACCACCACCGCCGCCUCAAUACUCGGGUCCAACUUCGGCCAUGGGCAGCAAUCCUCAACAACAACAGUCGCCAUUACAAUAUCGUCAUGAACUACACACUCCUCCUCCGUUGGAUACAAGGCGUGAUAGUCAACAACAACGCCCUCCAUUACCUUAUUAUCGACAAUCAUCACCUCCUUCUCAUCAUCAUCUUCCUCAUCGUCAUCAUCCAUAUCAUCAUCAUCCACCACCACCGCCUCCUUCUGCGACAACAACAACAACAAGUAGUAGUGUUACUAUGCAUCAUCCUCAUCAUCCACCACCACCACCACCUACAACUGUCACAGGUACAACAACAACAUCAUCAUCAUCCAUUCUUCCACCUCCUCCCCCACUUCCAUACAUGUCAUCACCAGCUCCACCACCCGCUACAACAACCGCCACAGUAAAUCAUUCCCAACCAUAUUCUAUGCAUUCAUCUCCGUUUCGACCUCCUCCUCCAAAAUGGCGCGAUGAGAUCCCUUCUCAUCAUGCAUCCCAACAACAACAACAACCAAUCUCUGGAGGAGGUACAAGAUCCACGGCUUCCACGGUAUGGCAUACUCCUCCACCACAACCACCACCACCAGCUACAACAUAUGAUUAUGAUCCAUAUCAUUCCCAAUGGGAUCAAGAGACACCCGAUGUAUAUCAAAGCAAGACCAUGAGGAAGUUACGUGAAUGCAAUGAAUUGAUGAUCACCAUGAAUGGAGAAUUUAUGGAACACAGCACUGUUAUUUAUCGGAACAAGCUUCAAUCACUCCAAGAAGAGUUGCGUACUAUCCAAGAAGGUACUCAUGAAGUGUUCAUGGAUGAAUUGGCCGAUCUUGAAAAGGAACGAGAAAUCACCAUUUCGGAUGCCCAAUGCAUGUACGACUAUAAGGUGGCAAGUAUCAAGCACCGGUACCAAACGGAUAUGCACGCAGCAGAACAAGACUAUGAAAUCGAGCGGCAAUCAUUGCAUGAGACCAUCAUGGCUGCCAUUGAUGAUCGCAGGAAACUGGUGCGUGAUGAUCGAGACCAUGGAUUGGAUGUCAAGGAUCUCUUUCGUGAUGCCUAUCAUCGUAUUCAUCAUUCUAAACGCAAUCUUCGAAAACGACAUCCUGAUCGGAAUCAUGCCUCGGGAUCACCUUCACGCCAUGAAAACUCGAGACGACGGCAAGCACGACCGAGUCAUCCCGUCGGCAUCAAUGGGACUACAUCACAAAAGGAAGAGGAUGAAUUGGAUCAAGAGUAUGCUCUGAUGAAAGCAUCGUCAAAAUGA